AUGGCAUCAUCGCAUUUGGAGGCUUUGAUCAAUAUACAGACGAAGAAUGAACACCGAGAAUAUCUUUCAGACAUCAUCAUAUACGACAUCAAAACAUCCCAUUGGACUCAGCCUGGUAUCCGUGGUCCUCUUCCCAAGGGGCGUGCUCGACAUGCAGCAGCGGUACACGACGACAAAUUAUACAUUGUUGGUGGUCUAUCCGGAACAGAGACAGUUGCCCUAGAUGAAAUAUGCUUCCUUGAUCUCAGAACGUGGACCUGGUCUCGCUGUUGGAGUUUCGUGCCGAGAUUUGAUCAUUCUGCUUUCAUCUGGGAUGGUAGAAUCUGGGUGUAUGGCGGCCUUGGACCCGAUUACGAAAGAAGUGGAGAUAUCUGGUGGCUCGACUUGAAAGGCAGCCCAGCAUUUAAAUCGGUACCAGCUCUUGGCCGCCCAGAAUCUCCACAGGCUGAAAGGGCAGCUCCGGCAAGAUCGAAUCAAGCUCACCAGCAAAACGCAAAUACCGGCUCUACAGGAUACACUGCGAACUCAAGUAGCGUGCAGAGGGGGUCAUCAAAGUCUCUUGCACCGGGAGCGAUUACAUCCGUUAGAUUCGCAUCUGGACCUGACACGGUCGCGCCGGCCGCGGGGACUCACUUUCACGCCUAUUCUUCUGGGGCGCUUCUGGACUUCACAACGCCAGCUGGUAUGGUUCGACAUUCGGAGUGCAAUCUGUCAUCUCUUGAUUUGAGCACUUUACAGUGGCAAAAACUCAUCUCAGGACCUGAUAUCUUUGACCCAUCAUACCGUUGGCAUUACUGCCUAGUCAAUGAAGACGGCACUAAAGCAUGGUUACUGGGCUGUGAAAUCGAUCAGACUGAAAAUGGACUAGGAAACCUUGAAGAAUACCUGAGUGAUGUUCUUCCGCUUGAUCUUCGACGAUAUGGUCUCCUUGGAGACGACCCAGCGGCGCUUUCUAGCGAAAGCUUUGGACGAAGGACUGCAUCUACAACUGAGGGGACUGCUAGUCUUAGCACUCUGAGCUCGGAUUUCGCCGGCAUGUUCGAUCAUAGAGCGACAAGUGAUUUCAUCGUGACGGCUUCGAACGACGACGUGGAUGACGAUAUGUCGACAACGUCGGCGGCGACCGAAAACGCUACUAUCUCGAACGCGCACGACGAGGUCAAUCAGACGUCGUCAUCAAUACAUGUCCAUAGCCUUAUAUUACAGGCCCGCUGGCCACAUUUCCAGCGACUCUACAACUCGGAAAUGGCUGAGUUCCAUACUAAGAAGUUGCACAUUCCUGAGCCAUAUUCUGUCGUAAGAGCUUUUCUCUAUUACCUCUACACCGACAGCAUCUCGAAGCAGCCAGACCAAUGCACUGACUUGGACGACGUUGCUGGGAUGCUGGUCUUGGCGCAGAUGUACGAUAUUCCUAGACUUCGUCUUCUGUGUCUAAAUCGACUCAGCCGAGAGUUGGACGUGGAGCAUGCUGCGGUCAUCUGGGAACGUGCAGGGAUUGCUCAGGACGCAUGGCUUCAGCAAAGAGCGGCUACCUAUUGCAUGACUCACUGGGGUCGAGUUGUACGGACGAACGGAUUCCGCCAACUCAGUCGACGGAGCAUGAUGGAAUUGUGUGUGGUGGUAGACGAGGAAGGAAGGGUCAUUGGCGGAGAAGAAUUGGAGGUGAUUGGGGGUCUGGGUGGAGGGAAGGUUGGGGCUGCCGGUAGUAGUAGUAAUGAGGGAUCAAGAAGAAGAGCAGUCUCGCAGGCGGGGACUACGGUCGAUGAAGAGAACGAUGUUCAAGAUGACGAAGGGAUGGAAAUGAGCUGA